UCCGUUUGCAUUCCAUGAAUCAGGGAAGAGAAAAAUAGAAAAGGCAAGCCCUAAAUUAGAGGAUCUUCAAGAUGCUGUCAACCAGACAAAGAUUUUCUAAAAUUGAAAAAUCCCCAAUAUGCCAAAGCUACUGCGAACAAAGCAAAAGAUUUGUCUGUUUCUUUGAUAAGACUCACCUCCUUCCUAUUCAUUUUUCUUACAUUCUGGUAUCAGUCGUCGGAGAUCUUUACAUUGAAUAUUCCAUGUUUAGUUUCAUCCAAAAACCUAAUCCAGUUUCAUUUCUGAUGUUUGAAAUUGCAGGUUUGUUUGUUCUAUAUAUUUGUUUCAUAGUUUCACUUUAUGAUCUCUAGCAGCCGAGUUUAGAGGGUGGCUUCCGAGUUCUAUGUCUUUAUCAAGUUAGUUUUUAUUAAUUGAAUUUCAAGAUUACAGAAAGAAGUAAACAUGGGUAUUGAGGGUAAGAAUGUUCAGCUUUUCUUAUGGAGGGUUUUUAGAGUUUCUGUGACCACUACUUAUAAAUUUGUACGGAAACAUCCAGUUUUUUCAGGCGUUUUGUUUUUAUGUUUCCUUCUGUAUUCCUUCCUUCCUUCCGUGUUCUACUUCUUGUUAUAUUCCUCUCCGGUCCUGUUCUGUACUGUUAUUUAUGCCCAAAAUUGUUUGAAUUCGAGAAGGGUCAAUUUUCAGAAUGUAUUCAAGGAUGGGAAAGAGGAGAAAGGGGGAUCAUCUAUUGAAUCCAUGGCUGGUUCAGCAGAUCAAGCUGUACAAAGAAGAGACAGGUCUUACCUAAAGCCUCAGAGAAGCGUUCGACGAAAUGCCAGAAGAAAAGUCGAAGAGAUGAGCACAGAUUGGGAUCCACAAGAGGGUGAAGAGAGGAAAGAUAAGGUAAUCUUGACAACUCUAUAUAAUGAUUUGCUUGGCAGAAAACCUGUGUUUGAGGAGUCACCCAAAGCAAUCGAAAUGGAGAAUGAGAAUUCUUCUUUUGGUCCUGGAUUGGUUUCAUCUGAUGGUGGUGAGGAUGGGAUGGUUUUGGAUUCUGAGAAUUCAAAGCCUGAUAUGGUGUCAUUUGAUGGUCCUGUAGAGCUGUCUGAAAAACUCACUAGUGGUGGUGGUGAGACAGAGGUAGAAAGCUUGGGAGAAGAUGAUGAUGAAGAAGAUGUGCAUGAAGAUGGGAAUAAGGCCGUAGAAUGGACAGAAGAUGACCAGAAAAACCUUAUGGAUCUCGGGAUUUCUGAGCUGGAGAGAAACAGAAGGCUGGAGAACCUCAUUGCGAGACGAAGAGCAAGGAAAUUGUUCAAGCUAACAGCUGAGAAAAGCCUGAUAGACAUGGACACUGUUCCUUCAGGCCAGAUUCUUCCCAUUUUAGUCACAAGAAGUAAUCCUUUUGAUGCUCCAGACAACCCUGAUGACUGCUUACAGACGCCUGGUUCAGCCCCUCCAAUCUUGUUACCAGCAAGAAACCCUUUUGACCUUCCUUAUGACCCACAAGAAGAAAAACCAGAUCUCAUGGGAGAUAGUUUCCAACAAGAAUUUUCUGUAGCUCCUCAGAAGGAUAUGUUUUUCUGCAGGCAUGAGAGCUUUUGCAGAGGUCUUUACCCAUCAGAGCCUAUGCAAGACCAGCAGGAUCCUAAAGCAGAUUCCUAUUUGAAUUCUGAGAAAUGGGCUGCAGAAAGACCAGGAUGCUUUGGAUAUAGAAGGCAGUCAGGUUUCGAAGGCCCAAAACACAUUGUUGAACAAAUAACUGAAGAGGGUGAACCCAUUUCCAAUAUUGAAAACAAUCAUGAUUUUGUUAAUCAAGGAGGCCGAGCUCUCAACGAGAUAGUUCCAUCCUUGGAAGUCAUUCACGAAGAGCCCACAGGAAGUGGAAACAACAACAACAGCGAGGUCAGGGAAGACAACUACCACAUCGAAUCAAGAACUAAUAAUGGAAGUGAAGUCCAAAUGGAGACUGAUUCAAUAAGAAAUGAGGAUAGUGAGUCAAACUCUUCAAGUUCGCCAAGUGAUAGGGAGCAGGUCUUUGGUUUUUUUAGCCAAACUGAAACUUCAGAAAAUCAAAAUCGAAGAGUAAGCAAGUAUCCAUUUGCAUUUGGUGAUUCUUUCCAGACCUCUCUCCAUGGAUCAAUUCCUAAAUUCAUAAGUGGGUAUGAAAAUUCAUAUGAUACACACAAACUUAAUGAUGGGCACGGAUACUAUAAAGGUAAGAUGUCUUGUCAUACCCCAUCAUAUUCCAUUGCGUCUGAUUUGCAAGUGGAAGUUUCAGAAGUUGGUUCUCCACCAACAGUUGAUGGAAAUUUAUCUGCUGAUGGAGAAUCAUGUACAUAUGAUGGGGAUCAUGUUGAGAAAGAUAUUGCUUCUGGAAGCGAGGAGAUAUGGGGAGCCUCAUAUCAGUUACCAAGGAUGGAGGAAGGUGAACCAAAUCUAAUAGAAACAACUGAGGUAAGUGAGGGAUAUGAUGUAAGAGGAGAAAUCUCAGAUAUCAACAAGGAACCUGUCGAUCCAAUUGAAUCAUCAACAGCAUCAGCAGAAGUAGCUCAACAAGAUUUUAACAACACAAGCUCAUUGUCAUCUCUAAGAGCUGAAAUAUCUAAAAAGAUUCAGGACCAGUGCCAUGUUAUGAAUAUGGAUAAUAAAACACAGGAACAUGUCAUACAAGUAGUUCAAAAUAUAGUGGACCCUAGGCCUUCUGUUUCUUUAAAUGCUUUCUCACCUGGAAGUUCAGAGAAAGCACAGCAUACUACAGAUGAGCCAGUCAUUCUCCCACCUCCUCAUGUUUACUCUGAAGUGCCAGAUGUUCAGCUUUUGGAUAUCAUGCAGGAGUUUUCCAAUGGUGUUGAGAAAUCUGCUGAAGAGAUGAAGGUCACUUAUGACUUUGAUGAGCCAGUCAUCCACGAGAAGGUGGACUUGAAACCAAUUGAAGACAGGGAUGAUAAUGAGUUAACAUUAAAUGAGGAAGAAGCUUUAAAUGAACAGACAAAGCCUACUGAAUAUGUUAACCUAGGAUCUAGUGAGGUAGAGAUCAGGGAAGAUGACAAUUCAAACAAUACUGAAGGAGAUAACCGAAGUCCAAAUCAAGGAAAUGAAAUUUUCGAAGCAGCUUGCACGAGCAGAGUUGAGGAAAUUUAUGGUGAAGGGAUGGUUUCUGGAAUUGGCCACACUUUUGAUGAUUCUAUUUCAUUAACUAUGCAGGUAGAACAAUCAACUGAAGCAGUUUCUACCAGCUCAAGUUCAUGUUCAUCACCAAGGUCUGUAUUAGUAGAUCUAAUCCCAACAGAUCAAACGUCAUUGUUGAAUUUUGAGGAAUGGGACCACAUGGACAGCCCACCCUCUUAUGCAGAGGAUGCUGCAGGAGAUAAUUCAUUGGAUGGGCAGCCAUCUGGAAGUUUAUCUCUAAAUGUACCUGAAAGCACACAGCAUUUGGUUGAGAGUUCAGUAACUUCUCCAUCCAAUAAUAGCGAUUCUGAUAAAUGGGAACCAUCUGGAUAUCAGAACGAAUCUAAUGAUGAAGCAUCUGCCAUGGUAAAGGAAGCUAACCAUGAGCUAUCAAAAUCAGAAGAUGGAAGUUCUAAUCAACACAUCCUCAGAACAAAGGACAUAGAGGAGGUACCUGCACAUUCUCCUGGGAAAUUAACUGAAGAAAACAAUACUACCAGCAUGGAUGAUCUAGCAAUGCAAAAGAGCAAAGAUGAAGAAACAUUACAGUCUGUUGAAAAUGGUGAAGAACAAUAUCUUUUCUCUGUUAAACAGGUUAACAUUGUGGAACCACAUGAAGAGAUUUUUAAUGCAAAACAUGCUGAAGAUGUUGAAGGAAAUUUUGAAAAGUCGGAUGAAGUUAAUAGUGACCCACUGAAGGUAAAUGAUGAAGAUGUGAGCUCAGUUACCACUGAAGAGAGCAAUUCUGGAAAUUUACGUGAACAAAAAGGCAUCUUAGUUGAAACAAAGCUAGCUGACGGUGAGGAAAAUUUUGAAGCCAUUGGAAAUGUUCCAGGUGAAUCCGAUGUUUCAGAAGAACAUGAUGCUUCCAUUUACCAAUCAAAAGAGACAUUUGAAGCUGAUCAAAUAGACUCUUCGGUUGCUGCUGUUGAAGAAAAGGUAACAUUGUCAAAUAUGCUAUACCAGCAGGAACCUCCCUAUCAUCUUCUUCAUGAUUCUACAACAGUUGUUGUCAGCAUGUCUGAUGAGAAUGAACCAGCAUCAGAAAAGAUGACUUAUGAGGAGAACUUGACCCAUCUCAGCACAUCACAGAGUGCAAAAGAGGCAGUAGUAGAAGAAGCCAUGCCAGAAACAAUGUUGUUACCUGCACAAGGUAGUGAAUCUGAACCAGAAGAUACUGCAGAUGGUGAAGUCAAUGCCCAUAUAUCAAGUUUAAUUGGAGAAAAUAAUAGUCUAAAUGGUGCAGAAAAUACUCAAGAAUCUGUACAGUCGAUUGAUCAGGAGAAUAUUACAGUGUCAACUGUACCAGAUGACACAAAAGGUGAAUCAAAGGAAUUGAAUGAUGAUGGCAGUGAGAUGAGUACUCAAGAAUCUGUAAGGUUAAUUGAUCAGGAGAAUAUUACAGUGCCAAAAAUAGCAGAUGACAUAAUAGGUGAACCAAAGGAAUUGAAUGAUAACAGCAAUUUGAUGGAUACUCAAGAAUCUGUGCAGCCAACAGUACCAGAUGACACAAAAGGUGAGUCAAAGGAAUUGAAUCAUGAUGGCAUUGAGAUGGGUACUCAAGGAUCUGUACAGUUGAUUGAUCAGGAGGAUAUUACAAUGCCAACAGUACCCGAUUAUACAAAAGGAGAAUCAAAGGAAUUGAAUAAUGAUGGCAUUGAUAUGGGUACAGAACUGAUAGAACCAGUAGAAUCUGAAGUUAAGGCACUAAACACAGAGGGGAAAGAUGAUCAUACAGAAGCAAAAUAAGGGUUUGCACUUCACAAGUUGUUAGGUGAAUCAAAAAGUGAUAUAUGCUCUCCUCCAAUCAGGCUUUGAAAAACUAGUUUGGCUGUUUAGUUUCUGAUUUUUUUUUUUUCCUUUUUUAUUUCUAAGAAAAUCAGAAAUUUUUGUGUGGAUAUUUUUCAAAAUUUACAAAAAGUUUUCUAACAAAAGUGUUUUCCUUUUUGAUAACCCAAACACAAUUUUUUUAUUUGUCUUCUGAAAAUAGAAAUUUUUUUGUAAUAUAUUUUCCAAUUUCCUGCCCUAAACGGCCUUGAAAUCUUUGAACUCAUCAGUUCUGAGAGCACAGAGUAUGGAGCUGCAAAUACGCUAACCUGUGUACUUUAAGAAAAGUUAGUAUGUAGUUUUAUAGCAUUGUGGAUUGUACAUUAGACAGUAUAGCAAACCAUGUCGGGCUCCUUCUUCCGAACAGAUAAAAUGGGAGAGAGGAGAAAAGUAGGAACACAGAAUUUGGCUGAUGUUGUCGGACUUACUUGUUGCUAACUUGCUAUUUUAUGGCAGCUUAUAGCAUGGCCGGUAGUAUGAGAAGUUAGCAUGUCUUUGUUGGUUUGAAUCAUUAUGUAUUUGUACAUCAAACUUGUAGAUAAGUGUAUCAUUGUACUGGUGUUCUAUUACUCUCUUAACUUUUAAAUAACAAUGGUGAAAAACAGUUUUAUUAAAA